AUGUCGAAGACGGUCAAGGACUUGACGGCCGGGACAGCGGGGGGAAUCGCGCAGGUGUUGGUGGGCCAGCCGUUCGACAUCGUGAAGGUGAGGAUGCAGACGGCAUCGAAGGGGACGUACAGUGGAAUGCUCCACUGUGCGGGCGGGAUCCUGAAAAAUGAAGGGCCUCUGGCGUUCUACAAGGGAACCCUGACACCUCUGCUGGGCAUCGGCGUCUGCGUCUCGAUCCAGUUCGGCGCGCUCGAGUACUCGAAGCGGUACUGCGCGCAGUACAACCGCGCACACAACCGCGGCGGUCCAGGGGGUGCGACGUUGGAUGAUGCGCAAAUAUUCAUAUCUGGUAUUUUUGCGGGGCUGGCGAACGGCGUCGUGUCCGGGCCCGUCGAGCACAUCCGUAUACGUCUGCAAACCCAGUCGGCGACAAACCCAGUAUACGCCGGCCCAUACGACGCGAUCAAAAAAAUAUACGCCGCGCGCGGAAUCCCCGGCAUCUACAAGGGCCAGGUCGUGACCCUCUGGCGCGAAGCCGUCGGGUACGGCAUCUACUUCUGGGCGUACGAAAAGCUGAUGCAGCGCGAAAUGGCGGAGAAGGGCAUCCGCCGCGACCAGGUCAACCCCGCGAACGCGGUCCUCUUCGGCGCCGCAGCGGGCUACGCCCUGUGGGCGGUCAUAUACCCGAUAGACAUGGUCAAGUCCCGCAUGCAGACGGACGGAUUCUCCGCUGCGGACGGGCAAAAAUACAAGUCCACGUUAGACUGCGUGCGGAAGGUGUGGCGCACAGAGGGCAUAGGCGCGUUCACGCGUGGCCUGGGGCCCACGCUCAUACGUUCGCCAUUCGCGAAUGGCGCGACAUUCCUUGGGUUCGAGAUGGCAAACCGGUUCCUCAACUCGUGA